AUGACAAACCUCGACCCAUCACAAGCUGCUAAUGCACACAUUCAAGAACGCUUGAAACGACGUAUUCACAGCCCUCAAUCUAUGGCACCAAACUUGCGAUCUCGUCAACUGCAUGUUAUGACAUGGGCUGUCUCGCUUCCGCUUGUUGGAUACGUAGCAUUGUUUGCCGACUUUGGAGAGCAAGAGCAUUGUUUUUCGCCUUUACGUCGUUGGUUUGAUGAGAAACGAAAACGGUUUUGGUCUCUGACACCCGAAGAAGAGGCGUCGCUCCGUUCACAAGGUCAAAUGAAAUAG